AUGAAAACAGAAAUAGUAAAUGAACAGCUGCUGAAAAUGAUGUCUAAACCUGUGUUAAAAAGGUCAAUUAAAGUCAAAGAUAUCAGUAAUGUUUGUCAUAUUUCUGUUGUGACACCAGAUAGAUUCUGGGUCAGUGAUUGGAACAAUCUAAUCUUGACAGACACGUCAGGAGAAACUCUUCAGGAAGUUACAGACAAUGCCACAUUAACAGGACCUAGUGUACACACAGUAACAAACGCUGGAAAACUUCUUUACAUUGACAUCAAAGGAGAUGUCAAAAUUCAAACAAAAAGCAAGACAAAGGUCAUGUUAAAAAGAAUAACAAAUUCAUUGAGACCCAUCAGUCUCCACUACUGUGCAUUUAAUGGUGACAUUCUUCUUGGUUUUAGGGAAUCCCAUACAAAAGCUAAUAUUUCUUAUGUAGGCAUGGUAAAGCGGUACAACAACAUUGGGAAAGAAAUCCAAACUAUCCAAUUCGACCAAAAAGGUGAAAUUUUAUUUGGAGAUCCUAGGUACCUCACAAAAAAUUGUAAUGGAGAUAUCAUUGUAUCAGACUAUAAUCUCAAUGUUGUAGUGGUUGUAGAUUCCAGAGGCAAACAUCGGUUCUCUGAUCUUGGACCUCCAUCAGAAUCAGGACUGCGACAUAUAUUACAGCCUGCUGGGAUCUGUACAGACGCCCUGUCACAUACUCUGGUGGUGGAUACCUUCACUGACACUAAACAGAUGAUUGGCAAGGAUGGUAACUUCUUGUCAUUCCUGUUGUCCAAACCAGGAAGUAUACACGAGCUGUAUGGCCUGGCUUAUGACUACAAAACUCUUCUUUAUGUAGGGCGAGAAUCAUCAGAAUGUACUGAAAUAGUGUCUGUAUAUAGAUACAUAAAUAGGCAAAACUACUUUUUAACAGAUACAUGA